UUGAGGUGGGGAGAGGGGCCCGGUGGGCUUGAGGGGCCGGGAGGACUGUCCAGGCUAAGCCCCGCGCGGGGAAGUGUGGCUUGCGGUGGAAGGGGUUGGCUUCUGGGGAAGAAAUCAAACCUAACCGUUCCCUUGGGAAAGGGGGCUAGUCCCCGACUCCCUGGUUCUUCCGCUCUCUGCAGUAACUUUGGGGUGUGGCAGGGGCUAGUGACCAGCGUUUACUCCGGAUCAGGGAGUGAAGGAGGUUUGUGAUCACGAUGGGGUUAUAGUCUUUAACGCGGCCACUGGGGGAAUAAAACAAAUGUUUGUAAUCCGGAUUAUCCGCGGUGGCUUGGGGCCUCCUCUACUGCCCAUCUAAGUUAAAGGCCUGUUCCCUCAAACUUCCUCCCCUAUCAUCUUCCUCUGCCAUCUCUUUGCCGGCCAAGCACAUCCGGGGACGGGGUCAGGGCCACUAGGUUCCUGGUAAGGUUGAAAGACUGAGCGUGUAGGGCUGUUAAAGUGAGUCUGUGUGAAAGAAGGAAGGAUUUUGUAGAUUGCUUCAGAGGGAGUGUGGGGUGAGGCCCUGAGUCCCAGAGCCUCAGCAUGUCAGGGAAACGGAAGCGGGUGGUGUUAACUAUUAAAGAUAAGCUUGAUAUAAUAAAAAAACUUGAAGAUGGAGGUUCUUCCAAACAAUUGGCAGUGAUUUAUGGAAUUGGUGAGACAACAGUUCGGGAUAUAAGAAAAAAUAAGGAAAAGAUUAUAACUUAUGCAAGCAGUUCUGAUUCCACAAGUCUUCUGGCCAAGAGGAAAUCUAUGAAACCAUCCAUGUAUGAGGAACUGGACAAAGCAAUGCUAGAAUGGUUCAACCAGCAAAGGGCAAAAGGGAAUCCCAUAUCUGGACCGAUUUGUGCAAAAAGGGCAGAGUUCUUCUUUUAUGCUUUGGGAAUGGAUGGUGAUUUUAACCCCUCCGCUGGUUGGUUAACUCGUUUUAAGCAGCGGCACAGCAUUAGAGAGAUUAACAUUAGAAAUGAAAGAUUAAAUGGAGAUGAGACUGCUGUGGAAGAUUUUUGUAACAACUUUCGAGACUUUAUUGAACGAGAGAAUUUACAGCCUGAGCAGAUAUACAAUGCAGAUGAAACUGGACUCUUUUGGAAAUGCCUACCAUCCAGGACUUCUGUGAUCAAAGGUAAAUGCACUGUCUCAGGGCACAAGUCAAUUGAAGAAAGAGUCACUAUCAUGUGUUGUGCCAAUGCAACAGGUUUACACAAACUGAAACUUUGUGUUGUGGGGAAAGCAAAGAAACCUCGCUCCUUCAAGUCAACUGACACCUCAAACCUGCCAGUCUCUUAUUUCAGCCAAAAAGGUGCAUGGAUGGAUCUUUCCAUUUUCCGACAGUGGUUUGAUAAGAUCUUUGUGCCACAGGUUCGAGAAUACUUAAGAUCUAAAGGCCUGCAGGAAAAGGCUGUGCUCUUGUUGGAUAAUUCACCAACACAUCCAAAUGAAAAUGUCCUCAGGUCAGAUGAUGGACAAAUAUUUGCUAAAUAUUUACCACCUAAUGUGGCUUCAUUGAUCCAGCCCUCCGAUCAGGGAGUCAUAGCGACAAUGAAGAGAAAUUAUCGUGCGGGUCUUCUUCAGAACAACUUGGAAGAAGGUAAUGACCUGAAAUCAUUCUGGAAGAAGCUAACUCUGCUAGAUGCACUUUAUGAAAUAGCAAUGGCAUGGAAUUUAGUAAAGCCGGUUACCAUUAGCAGAGCAUGGAAGAAGAUUCUUCCUACCAUAGAGGAGAAAGAAGGCUUGGACUUUGAUGAAGAAGAUGUUUCUGUGGCUACUGUGGCCACCAUUUUACAACAUACCAAAGGACUGGAAAAUGUGACUACUGAGAACAUCGAAAAAUGGCUUGAAGUGGACAGUACUGAACCAGGCUAUGAAGUGUUAACUGACAGCGAAAUCAUCAGAAGAGCACAAGGCCAGACAGACGAAUCUAGUGAAAAUGAGGAGGAGGAAAUAGAACUGAUUCCAGAGAAACAUAUUAAUCAUGCAGCUGCUCUCCAAUGGACUGAAAAUUUAUUGGAUUAUCUAGAACAACAAGGUGAUAUGAUUCUGCCUGAUAAACUCGUGAUACGUAAACUUCGAGCCACCAUCAGAAAUAAACAGAAGAUGACAACCUCAAGUCAAUAAUGGCAUGUCAUUGUUAACCAUUGUUUUGGUAAUUGUGUUUGUAACUCUUAACCUCUGCAGUGUGAUUUAAUUUUCUUUGCGUUCUUAAUUCUCAGUCACAGCCCUAUGAAAUGCAGAUACAAAAAUGUAUCUGAAGUGAUUCGAGGAUUGUAUGUUUUGCAUCAUCUCUGUGUCUUUAUUUGUGCAGAUAAUUGGAAGCUGAUUCUGUAUAGAUAUAAAUUACAUAUACACAGGUAUUCACUUUUGUAGAUCUGCAAUUACCCCUUCUAUUACAGUGGCAUUCCCUAAACUUUCUAAAAAAAAAUUACAGAUAACAGUGAACAGAUGGAGCAUUUUCCUGAAAUCUGUUGUUUGGUUUGUGAGGGCUGCCACAGUAAUCUUUUCUUGUGUUAACAUCUUAAAUGUUAUGUUUUGUGUGUCUGUAUACACUGACAGAAUGAGAAAUAUCUAUAUUUUAGAUUUCAGGGUGAUAUGCAGUAAUUAAAAGUGAAGUCCAAUAAUGAGGAAACUGAUCAAUGAAUUAUAAAAAUAACUUAGAAAUCAUACUUUUGUUCUCUUACAUUUGUUUAUGUGGCAAGAGGGGGAGAUUUUUCUGGAAGUAAAUAUAUAGGAAGUGAUUACUAAAUUAGUAACAAAACUAUUUGAAAGCUGAUAUAUAAAUGGGCUAUUCUGAUGUAUUCAUUUGUAGAAAACGAGUUGAAAAUUUGGGGAACUUUAGGUUAUUUAUACAAGGGGAAUAAAUAAGCUUGUUUUAAUUGGGUCUUAUGAAUUGGGUAAUUAUUUAUUCGUAAUUAUAGUACAGGUUUUGUAAUGUUACAUGUGGUAAUACGAACUCCUACCUUAUAUGUGGGGAAGAAUCUUGGGAAUUUAAAGUUAUGGUUUUUUUACUGUGUACUUGGAAAUGUCUAUAGUUUGAAAAAGUUUAUCAUACCUUCCCCUUUUAUUUGAUAUGAAAAGAAAAAGAAAUGAGAAGAAUAAAGUUAUUAUUAUUUUUAACAAG